UGGAGCCAGAAUGCCAGCCAGUGUCGUUCACGGGCGCCCCAUUUCAAGAUGGCAGCCCAGCCGGAAGGUAGUUGGCGAGUAGCGUGAGUUCGGGGUUCUCACAGAAGAGCGACAGCAUAACUUCCGGUUCGCUUGCAAGAUGGCUGCGCCCAGUGGUGGAUUCCAGCCUCGUGAGCGGCACGCUGGGCAAGAUGAACGGGAUUGGGAUGCUGUGCCGCCCAAGAGGCCUCGAUUCGGGGCGGGAAGCAAGAUCGGAGGCCGUAGGCUUAUUGUGGUGCUGGAAGGUGCCAGUUUGGAGACAGUCAAGGUGGGAAAGACAUAUGAGCUGCUGAACUGUGACAAGCACAAAUCUUUGUUGUUGAAGAAUGGCCGAGACCCUGGGGAAGUGAGACCAGACAUAGCCCACCAGAGCUUGCUGAUGCUGAUGGACAGUCCCCUGAACCGAGCAGGCUUGCUCCAGGUCUAUAUCCACACACAGAAGAAUGUGCUGAUCGAAGUGAACCCCCAGACUCGGAUCCCCAGAACCUUUGACCGUUUUUGUGGUCUCAUGGUUCAGCUGUUACAUAAACUCAGCGUCCGAGCAGCUGAUGGCCCCCAGAAGCUCCUGAAGGUCAUCAAGAAUCCAGUGUCAGAUCACUUUCCAGUCGGGUGCAUGAAAAUCGGCACUUCCUUUUCUACCCCGGUUGUCAGUGAUGUGCGGGAGCUGGUGCCAAGCAGUGACCCUAUUGUUUUCGUUGUGGGCGCCUUUGCCCAUGGCCAGGUCAGCGUAGAGUACACAGAGAAGAUGGUGUCCAUCAGCAACUACCCUCUCUCUGCGGCUCUCACCUGUGCAAAAGUCACCACAGCCUUUGAAGAAGUCUGGGGUGUUGUUUGACAAGAGCCUUGCUCUGAAACAGACUGUUGACAGUGACAUUGUACCCAGCAGCCCUGGCCCCGUCUUCAUGGACCACUGGAAGAACUUCCUGCACUGCAACUGUGGGGUUGAGGAUGCCCAAGGGCUGUACACUUGCUAUUUGUUUAUCUGAUAAAUCCUACUCUUGCAAACCUG